CAACUUUGCUGAGCUGCAACCCGAUCCCGACCUCAACUUCCACUCAAUAAUCACAUAUCAGACUCACAACGACGAGCGCUCCCUCUCCUCUUCCCGCCUCAGUACCCCCUCCCUCCCCCCCCACUGGCGGGAUUCCACUCUCUGAAUUGUAGAAAAAUGUUCACCAGAUCUGUCGCGCGCAAUGUGCCCACCAAGGCCAUCUUCGCUCGACAGACUUUCCGCCAAACAACCGCAACAACAACGCGAGCCUCUUCCACAUCUUCCGGCGCCCGCCCUGAAUCGCCCUUCUACCUGACCCUCGCCGCCUCGGCUGCCACCGCAACCGCCGUCGGUGCCGUGGCAUGGUACUAUCACUUCUAUGGCCAGGAGGCCUUUGCUAUGACACCAGCUGAAGAAGGGUUACAUCCGACACCAUACCCAUGGGAACACACUAAAUGGACAAAAACAUUCGACCACCAAGCACUCCGCCGUGGCUUCCAGGUUUACCGAGAGGUAUGCAUGGCCUGCCACUCCCUCAGCCGUGUACCAUGGCGCGCAUUCGUCGGCACCAUACACACCGUCGACGAGAUGAAAGCCAUGGCCGAGGAAUACGAGUACGAUACCGAACCCAAUGAUCAGGGCGAAAUCGAGAAGCGACCUGGUAAACUGUCUGACUACAUCCCCGCACCCUACAAGAACGAUGAGGCCGCUCGUGCCGCUAACAAUAGCGCUCUACCACCGGAUUUGAGUUUGAUCGUCAAGGCCCGCCAUGGUGGCUGUGAUUAUAUCUUCAACUUGCUCACUGGGUAUCCCGAUGAGCCACCUGCGGGUGCAUCCGUGCAGGAGGGUUUGAGCUUUAACCCUUACUUCCCCGGAACAGGCAUCGCAAUGGCCCGCGUCCUCUUCGACGGCUUGGUCGAAUAUGAAGACGGCACACCCGCCACCACCUCGCAAAUGGCCAAGGACGUAACCGAAUUCCUAAAUUGGGCGGCAGAACCUGAGAUGGACGAGCGAAAAAAGAUGGGUCUCAAGACCCUCGCCAUCACCGCUAUGCUUACAGCCAUCAGCAUCUGGAUUAAGAGAUACAAAUGGGCCCCUAUCAAGUCGCGGAAGAUCGUGUAUAACCCUCCUGUGGGGAGACCGCCUAUUGGCAAGCGCUAGUUGCUUGUCUGGGAUUUUCGUUCGUUAGUUUCUGGAUUUCUGCUCUUUUCCUUUUGUUGUACUUCUUUACUCUGUACUUUGUAUAGAAGGUGGUAGUGGUAGAUGUUGUCGAGUGAGGCAGGGGGGAUAUGAGGGUGUAUGGAUGGGGAUACCUACUUGUACCAAAACGCUAAACCAGCUCCCGCCCCUUUUUUAUUCGUUACAAGAAAAAAAAAAAAAAAAAAUAUCAGGAAUGCACAUAGAAAGAAAAGAGAGAAAUGAAGAGGGAAGGGAUACAACCGCAUCACCCAUCAUACAACAAAACACACGAACCAAAACACAAAAUAUCAUUGGAACAGAUGGCUUUUCAUCUUAUAUUCAUCUUAUUAUUUAUACAUACUCAUGUUUCUCUUUCUUGUUUCUCUUUUUCACUUUCACUUUCCUCCUACUUCUCCUCUUGUGCUGAACAGGUCCGUUAAAACUAUACGCAGACCCCAGUCUUUGCCUUCCUCCCCCCACUCUCUCCCCCCCCCCCUUGGCUAUCCCCUCAUUUCUAGAAUGAGAAUCUCCAUUUCUUUCUUCAUCGCCAUUUGCCAAUCCGCGUUUAUCCGUCUACAUACCUCGUCUCCCUUACUUUUAUAUCUGUCUGUAACAUUAGCUCUGUUUAUCUAUUUCACUCCGUUAGGUAACAAAAAUAUGUCCACUCAGCCAGUCGCCCCCUCCAGCGCACUCUUGCAUUUUUUGGCUCAUAUUUCCUGUGAAUGUUUGUAUUAAUUAAUUCUUCGCUGCGGUAUUUAUCUCCCACGAGGGCCUAGGGGGACGAAUGCGAUGUGGCACGUUAGGCAAAAGGUGGGCAGAUGCAGGUAAGUAUAUAUUAUAUAUAUAUAUAUAUAUAUAUAUCCUUGGCUAUCAAUGGCCGAUCUGAUAUUUAAAUGUA